UUGUUUUUGACGAAAAUUAAAACGUGUCAGUUUGUCACUCACGAUGAUGUAAUAAUAACAUGUUCAACUACUUGGCUGCAUUGACUCGAAUCUAGGUUGUGCCUUAAGAUUUUGAGAAAAUUAACAACCAAGGAAUCAUUUUUACUUGUCAAACCCCAACCUGGUCUGUUUCGUUAGCGUUCCCGGAAGUCUCGUGGUGUAGCACCUCUGGGUUUAGAAACUCUGUGUACAGUUUGAGACCAUAGGACUGCAGCGUACGCCCUUUGCGACUAUACUGUCAAUGGCGAACGAUACGGCAACGUCCGCAAGGGGUAGAAGGGAGAAGAUGGCGGAGGAAGAUACAAAUGCAGAGAAAUUCAAGGAGAAAGCGAAUACUUACUUUAAAGAGAGAGACUAUGAGAAUGCGAUCAAAUACUACACGGAGGCGUUGGAGCUCAACCCGUCCAGCGCCAUCUACUUCUCCAACCGCAGCCUGGCGUACCUGCGGACAGAGUGCUAUGGCUACGCCCUGGCCGACGCCACCAAGUGUCUGGAGAUUGACCAGAACUACAUCAAGGGUUACUACCGCCGAGCCACGUCCAACAUGGCCCUGGGAAAGUUCAAGGCUGCACUCAAAGACUACGAGACGGUAGUGCGUGUGCGGCCCAACGAUAAGGACGCUAAGAUGAAGUACCAGGAGUGCAACAAGAUCGUGAAACAGAAAGCCUUCGAGAGAGCCAUUGCUAGCGACGAGAUGAAGAGAUCAGUCGUAGACUCCCUAGACAUUGAAAACAUGAUGAUUGAGGACCAGUACACAGGACCGAAGCUGGAAGAAGGGAAGGUGACAAUGAGGUUCAUGAAAGAGAUGAUGGAGUGCUUCAAAGACCAGAAGAAACUGCACAGAAAGUGUGCUUAUCAGAUUCUGAUCCAAGUCAAAGAACUCUUAUCCAAACUACCCAGUCUAAUUGAGAUCACAUUAAAAGAGACAGAAAAGAUAACCAUUUGUGGUGACACACAUGGACAGUUCUACGAUCUUAUAAACAUCUUUGAGCUGAACGGCUUACCCUCUGAGACCAACCCCUAUCUAUUUAAUGGAGACUUUGUGGACCGUGGUUCGUUCUCCCUAGAGGUAAUCCUGACUCUGUUUGGCUUCAAGCUGCUCCUCCCUGACUCCUUCUACCUCCUCAGAGGUAACCACGAGACUGACAACAUGAACCAGAUGUAUGGUUUUGAGGGGGAGGUGAAGGCCAAGUACACCGCUCAGAUGUUCACGCUCUUCAGUGAGGUCUUCCAGUGGCUGCCUCUAGCCCAGUGCAUCAAUGGCAAAGUCCUGGUGAUGCACGGGGGGCUCUUCAGUGAGGACGGCGUGACGUUGGAUGAUCUGAGGAAGAUCGACAGGAACAGACAGCCCCCAGACUCUGGUCCUAUGUGUGAUCUUCUCUGGUCAGAUCCACAGCCACAGAAUGGCCGGUGUGUCUCUAAGCGAGGUGUGAGCUGUCAGUUUGGGCCUGACGUCACCGAGCGGUUCCUAGACCAGAACAAUCUGGAUUAUAUCGUCCGCAGUCACGAGGUCAAGGCAGAGGGUUAUGAGGUCACACACUCAGGGAAGUGCAUCACAGUCUUCUCAGCGCCCAACUACUGUGAUCAGAUGUGUAACAAAGGGGCGUACAUCCAUCUCAGUGGAUCAGACCUCAAACCACAGUUUCACCAAUUCACUGCUGUGCCUCAUCCGAAUGUGAAGCCCAUGGCGUACGCCAACUCCCUGAUGCAGAUGGGGAUGAUGUAGAGGCCAAGCCCAAGUCACUCAGUCUGACCCCUGACCCUGGCCAACAACAGCCACCACUCCCUCCAGCCCUUCCACAACAACAGCCACCACUCCCUCCAGCCCUUCCACAACAACAGCCACCACUCCCUCCAGCCCUUCCACAACAACAGCCACCACUCCCUCCAGCCCUUCCACAACAACAGCCACCACUCCCUCCAGCCCUUCCACAACAACAGCCACCACUCCCUCCAGCCCUUCCACAACAACAGCCACCACUCCCUCCAGCCCUUCCACAACAACAGCCACCACUCCCUCCAGCCCUUCCACAACAACAGCCACCACUCCCUCCAGCCCUUCCACAACAACAGCCACCACUCCCUCCAGCCCUUCCACAACAACAGCCACCACUCCCUCCAGCCCUUCCACAACAACAGCCACCACUCCCUCCAGCCCUUCCACAACAACAGCCACCACUCCCUCCAGCCCUUCCACAACAACAGCCACCACUCCCUCCAGCCCUUCCACAACAACAGCCACCACUCCCUCCAGCCCUUCCACAACAACAGCCACCACUCCCUCCAGCCCUUCCACAACAACAGCCACCACUCCCUCCAGCCCUUCCACAACAACAGCCACCACUCCCUCCAGCCCUUCCACAACAACAUGCCCUUAUCUACUGGUCCAUACGGUGCUCCAUGGGAUCUCUCUCACCCAGCCAGUCCUGAGCAGCUCCCUUCCCCUUGGCCCAAACUCUUUGAUCUUUGUAGAUCAGCACUGUAGUGAUGGAGCUUUCACCAUAUGACUGUCACCUUACUGCUCUGCAGAAAUCAAAGGGUCAUUGUUAAGGGGAAGAAAUGGGAAGUGAAUUGUGUCCACUUCCGAUAAUCCCUCCUGUUUCUUUCAGAGUAGACAACAUGGUAGGGUCAUGGUAUUGAAGGUAGGAAGAGACAUGGUAGGGUAAUGGUAUUUAAGGUAGGAAGAGAAAUGGUAGGGUAAUGGUAUUUAAGGUAGGAAGAGAAAUGGUAGGGUAAUGGUAUUUAAGGUAGGAAGAGAAAUGGUAGGGUAAUGGUAUUUAAGGUAGGAAGAGAAAUGGUAGGGUCAUGGUAUUGAAGGUAGGAAGAGAAAUGGUAGGGUAAUGGUAUUUAAGGUAGGAAGAGAAAUGGUAGGGUAAUGGUAUUUAAGGUAGGAAGAGAAAUGGUAGGGUAAUGGUAUUUAAGGUAGGAAGAGAAAUGGUAGGGUCAUGGUAUUUAAGGUAGGAAGAGAAAUGGUAGGGUAAUGGUAUUGAAGGUAGGAAGAGACAACAUGGUAGGUAGGAAGAGACAACAUGGUAGGGUCGUGGUAUUUAAGGUAGGAAGAGACAACAUGGUAGGGUCAUGGUAUUGAAGGUAGGAAGAGACAUGGUAGGUAUGAAGAGACAACAUGGUAGGUAGGAAGAGACAACAUGGUAGGGUCGUGGCCAAUUCCUGGCUAUUGAUAACCAACCACCCCUGCCAGGAUGGUGUUGAAGCAUCCAUUUUGGAGCUGCUGGGUUUGUAGUGAUUAGACUGGUUAAUCAUACUGUACCUAACCUUAACCAUACUGUAUGUGGGGAGGAUGGCUCAAUACUGACUCUGACCCUAAUCAUACUGUAUCAUAAUGGUUGAUUAGGGUAACGUGGUUGAUGCCGUUCCAGCCAUCAUGAUGAGCUCUCCUCCCCUCAGCAGACUCCAUGGUACAGUUUUGAUACUGUAUGGAGCUGGUUUGGACCAAAGAACUGGAAUGAUCCGCACUGUCACAGCAGUAAAACUGUUCUGCUACUGUAAAACAUACUGUUGGUUGACCUACUGUUCAGUUUAUAGUCUCUGGGGGAGUGAGAGCAGUAUAUCUAUACUGUUCAGUUUAUAGUGUCUGGGGGAGUGAGAGCAGUAUAUCUAUACUGUUCAGUUUAUAGUCUCUGGGGGAGUGAGAGCAGUAUAUCUAUACUGUUCAGUUUAUAGUCUCUGGGGGAGUGAGAGCAGUAUAUCUAUACUGUUCAGUUUAUAGUCUCUGGGGGAGUGAGAGCAGUAUAUCUAUACUGUUCAGUUUAUAGUCUCUGGGGGAGUGAGAGCAGUAUAUCUAUACUGUUCAGUUUAUAGUGUCUGGUUGGGAGUGAGAGCAGUAUAUCUAUACUGUUCAGUUUAUAGUGUCUGGGGGAGUGAGAGCAGUAUAUCUAUACUGUUCAGUUUAUAAUGUCUGGUUGGGAGUGAGAGCAGUAUAUCUAUACUGUUCAGUUUAUAAUGUCUGGUUGGGAGUGAGAGCAGUAUAUCUAUACUGUUCAGUUUAUAAUGUCUGGUUGGGAGUGAGAGCAGUAUAUCUAUACUGUUCAGUUUAUAUUGUCUGGGGGAGUGAGAGCAGUAUAUCUAUACUGUUCAGUUUAUAGUGUCUGGGGAAGUGAGAGCAGUGUAUCUAUACUGUUCAGUUUAUAGUGUCUGGGGGAGUGAGAGCAGUGUAUCUAUACUGUUCAGUUUAUAGUCUCUGGGGGAGUGAGAGCAGUAUAUCUAUACUGUUCAGUUUAUAGUGUCUGGGGAAGUGAGAGCAGUAUAUCUAUACUGUUCAGUUUAUAAUGUCUGGUUGGGAGUGAGAGCAGUAUAUCUAUACUGUUCAGUUUAUAGUGUCUGGGGAAGUGAGAGCAGUAUAUCUAUACUGUUCAGUUUAUAGUGUCUGGGGAAGUGAGAGCAGUAUAUCUAUACUGUUCAGUUUAUAGUGUCUGGUUGGGAGUGAGAGCAGUAUAUCUAUACUGUUCAGUUUAUAGUCUCUGGUUGGGAGUGAGAGCAGUAUAUCUAUACUGUUCAGUUUAUAAUGUCUGGUUGGGAGUGAGAGCAGUAUAUCUAUACUGUUCAGUUUAUAGUGUCUGGUUGGGAGUGAGAGCAGUAUGUACUACAGUAUUGGUACAUAGUUUUAUUAAAGUCUUGUUUUUUACAGUAGAAAAUGUAGCUAUGAUUCCAUCUUCAGGAGAAAACAUGAACCUGGUUAUUUGGCUCGUCUCACUCUGCACGGUGCUGUUAAUUCCUACUAGUCAGAUGGUUUAGACACAUGCUCUACAUGUAUGUUGGUCUUCACAUUCAACAAAGCUGAUCCUUGUUCUGUUGUUAUUUUUGCACUGCUGCACCUCUUCUCUCCCCUUUUCUCUACCUGUUGCUGCUCUCCAUGUUAACUCUUCAGCUCAGCCAGUCAGUAUCCUGGUAGCUCCUGCACAACCCCUCUUCUCUCCCGACCUGCUUUGCUACAAGGCCAAGCACUGGUGUGAUGCUCCAAUCCGCUCCACUGUUAGUCUACCAGUGACUUUGCCCAUUUGCAGAUGUAUGGCUCAGACGUCCAGCUGCCGUGUCCCCUCAACUUUUUAGAUCAUUCUAUACACUGAAGUGUAUGUAUGUGUGUGUAUAUAUAUAUACUGUAUCAUUUAAAAUACAUUCUGUGUACAUGUUUGGGGGAAAAAAGUGAUUCAAUAAAAAACUUUAAGUCCAA